ACUCUGGGCUCAGCAGGGCCUUCCCCUGUGUGCUGUGCUGGACUAGGCUGCGCCUGCCCUCCUGCCUCCACCUUAUUGGGGCAUCUCCCUGGGCACCUGCUGUGGGCCUUGGGAGUGGAAGCAUCUGUACAAAGUCCCUUCCUUGGAGCUACCGUGGGGCUGGCAGAGGGCUCUAUGGCAGGAUCCUGUGAAAUCAGCAAUAUCUUCUCCAACUACAUCAGUGCCAUGUACCAGCCGGAGGAGGUGCAGCUGCCCCUGGACCUGCUCACACACCUCGGGGAGGAGAACAGCUUGGGGCUGAGUGUGGCCAGCAGCCAGCUGCCUGUUGAAACUGCAGAUAAGCCGACGUGGUUCAGUGAGCUCCCGCACCUCUGGAGCAAGGCCCAGGUGCUGGAAUGGAUCAGCUACCACGUGGAGAAGAACAAGUACGACGCCAGCGCCAUCGACUUCUCUUGCUGCAACAUGGACGGCCUGACACUCUGCCACUGCACGCAGGAGCAGCUGCGCAACAUCUUUGGGCCCUUGGGGGAUGAGCUGUAUAAUCGCCUCCAUGAGAUCAGCCGAGCACAUCUAAUCCCAGCCCUGCUUCCUCCCAAAGACUUGGCCUCAGAUGAGCUCGGCUGGAUCAUUGACCUGCUGGAGAAAGACAGCGUGGCUGUUGCCCAGGAGACCUUCCUUGACUCCAACCCCCUAGAUCUGGGAAACUCAUGCUCGCAGGAGUCCCUGGAGGAGAUGAAGUCCGCAAACCCUUUCCAUCAGGCAGACUUGGGCUACCUGCUCGGCACCAUGUCUCCAGGAAGCUCUGACAUUUCAGGGACCGUGAUGUCUCACAGCCCCAACUCCCAGGACUCCGGUGGAAGUGACCUAGAUAUUGACCCUACAGAAGCAAAGUUGUUCUCCCCUGAUGGUGGCUUUGCUGACCAUAAGAAAGGGGAAAUGAAGCACGGCAAGCGGAAAAGGGGAAGGCCCCGGAAACUCAGCAAGGAGAACCGAGACUGCCUGGAGACCAGGAAGAGCAAGCACUCUCCAAGAGGGACCCACCUGUGGGAGUUUAUCCGCGACAUCCUGAUCCACCCAGAGCUGAAUGAGGGGCUGAUGAAAUGGGAGGACCGGCGCGAGGGGGUCUUCAAGUUUCUCCGCUCGGAGGCUGUAGCUCAGCUCUGGGGACAGAAGAAGAAGAACAGCAGCAUGACCUAUGAGAAGCUGAGCCGGGCCAUGAGGUAUUACUACAAGCGGGAAAUCCUGGAAAGAGUUGAUGGAAGGAGGCUGGUGUACAAGUUUGGGAAGAACUCCAGCGGCUGGAAGGAGGAAGAAGUGUUGAACAGGAGUAAAGAGCUAUAGGAGCCUUACAUGAACUCAGGCAUUGCCCUCUUGGCCCAGGGGCAAGACCCAAAGCAUAAUGCACUGAACCCAACCCUUGCACCAGAGACUUGGCCAGAUGUUGGAACCCAAAGCUGCCGUUGUGUGCAGCGUGUUAGACUCCAGCCCCUUCCUAGGGGCAAUGGUGUGUGUGCUGGUUCUUUGCCAGUGCCUCAGUAUCGAAAGCUGAUAUUUUGGCUGAAGUAGGUUAUUGUAAACCAUUAUUUCUGUUGUUAACAUGUUGGACUCUAUUCUCCAAGUGGACUUACAGUGACCUGCGCUUUCUUGAAGCAUGUCUGAAGCUCACAGUGUGGAAGGGACAUGUGCUAUUUGCAGUGAUCAGAUUCCAGGGAGCCAUAUAUAGGAUGGUCCAAAGCAGAACAUAGCAGGGAUUCCUGGGUACCACUGCAGUGGUGGCCCAGGAAACUGGAUCUGCCACUCUGCCACUGGGGAAGCUGGCCUGCCACCUCACCUGUUACUGAGUUGGAAUGAAGAGAACCAGCUCAGAUCCCUGGGGCCUUGCAGAGCCUUCCCUUUCCACUACAUGUUUUGCCAGCUGUGCUGCUGGUCCCACAGGUGAUGGACAAGUAGCAUCUGCCCUGCAGCUGUUGUGGGAAUGGCUGUGUUCUGCAUUCACAGGCAGAUGCUCAGCCUGGCUGAUUGGCUCCUACAGCAUAAGUGACUGUGGGCUCAAAGCGAGUCCAAAAGAACCAUGAAUUUUAGGUGGCUCCAAAGGGACCAUGGUGAGGAGCAGGGCACUAAGCAGCAUCUCAGUUCUGGUAUCCAGGGAGUGCACAUCCAUGAGCCAAUAUACCAUCAACCAUCUCUCUGAGAUCUCUUCUCCCACCACAUGCGGUGUCCUUUCCCCAAGAGUGGAUUGUCUCCUGCUUCUAAUUUAUGUAAUAUAAACAGAGAAUAUAUAAUGUAUAUAAAAAUCUAUUUUUUCAUAAAUAAGGUUGUUCCUGUGUGAUUGCGAGUGUCCUAGAAGCACUUGGCAUUUGCAAAGCAAUGAUUGUAGCUAAUUUUCAGCUGGACUGAAAUUAUGUUAUCGUGGCAUCAGUGAGCUGGUCCCACAGAGGGCUCUGGGCCAUGUGUGAGGUUUUCUCCUUUUUUAGUAAUAAACAUAUCAGAAAUAAAUCAUUGCUUUUUUA